GUGCCUUUCUGGAUGAGAUGGCCAGAUAUGUCCCAGACUUUCUCUGAUGACUCAUUCGAGGGCCUUACUUCACUCCCCAAACCCAGAAAUACAAGAUAGAGAAGCAAGAAGGACUAUAAUUCUGCAGCCUGUGGAAGAAAAAUCACAUUCACAGAAAGAGAGACAAAAUGAAAAGGCAGAGGACUUUGUACCAGAUGAAGGAACAAGAUAAAACCCCAGAAAAACAAUUAAAUGAAGUGGAGAUAGGCAACCUUCCAGAAAAGAAUUCACAAUAAUGAUAGUGAAGGUGAUCCAGGACCUCGGAAAAAGAACAGAGGCAAAGAUCAAGAAGAUGCAAGAGGGCUUUCCUGGUGGCGCAGUGGUUGAGAGUCCGCCUGCCGAUGCAGGGGACACGGGUUCUUGCCCCAGUCUGGGAAGAUCCCGCAUGCCGCGGAGUGGCUGGGCCUGUGAGCCAUGGCCGCUGAGCUUGCACGUCCAGAGCCUGUGCUCCACAACGGGAGAGGCCACAACAGUGAGAGGCCCAUGUACCACAAAAAAGAAAAAAAAAAAAAAAAAGAAGAAGAUGCAAGAAAUGUUCAACGAAGACCUAGAAGAAUUAAAGAACAAACACCUUGAAGAAUUAAAGAACAAACAAACAGAGAUGAACAACACAAUAACUGAAAUGAAAAAUACACUAGAAGGAAUCAAUAGCAGAAUAACUGAGGCAGAAGAACAGAUAAAUGACCUGGAAGACAGAAUGGUGGAAUUCACUGCCAUGGAAAAGAAUAAAGAAAAAAGAAUGAAAAGAAUUGAAGACAGCCUAAAAGACCUCUGGGACAACAUUAAACCCUACAACAUUCACAUUAUAGGGGUCCCAGAAGGAGAAGAGAGAGAGAAAGGACCCGAGAAAAUACUGAAGUGAUUAUAGUCGAAAACUUCCCUAACAUGGGAAAGGAAAUAGCCACCCAAGUCCAGGAAGCACAGAGAGUUCCAGGCAGGAUAAACCCAAGGAGAAACAUGCCAAGACACAUAGUAAUCAAACUGACAAAAAUUAAAGACAAAGAAAAAUUAUUAAAAGCAACAAGGGAAAAAUGACAAAUAACAUACAAGGGAACUCCCAAAAGGUUAACAGUUGAGUUCUCAGCAGAAACUCUACAAGCCAGAAAGGAGUGGCAUGAUAUUUUUAAAGUGAUGAAAGGGAAGAAUCUACAACAAAGAUUACCUGGCAAGGAUCUCAUUCAGAUUCGACAGAGAAAUCAAAAGCUUUACAGACAAGCAAAAGCUAAGAGAAUUCAGCACCACCAAACCAGCUCUACAACAAAUGCUAAAGGAACUUCUCUAAGUGGGAAACAGAGAAGGAAAGGACCUACAAAAACAAACCCAUAACAAUUAAGCAAAUGGUAAUAGGAACAUACAUAUCGAUAAUCACCUUAAAUGUGAAUGGAUUAAAUGCUCCAACCAAAAGAACAGGCUCUCUGAAUGGAUACAAAAACAAGACCCACAUAUAUGCUGUCUACAAGAGACCCACUUCAGACCUAGGGACACAUACAGACUGAAAGUGAGGGGAUGGAAAAAGAUAUUCCAUGCCAAUGGAAAUCAAAAGAAAGCUGGAGUAGCAAUAUUCAUAUCAGAUAAAAUAGGCUUUAAAAUAAAGAAUGUUACAAGAGACAAGAAAGGACACUACAUAAUGAUCAAGGGAUCAAUCCAAGAAGAUAUAAAAAUUAUAAAUAUAUAUGCACCCAACAUAGGAGCACCUCAAUACAUAAGGCAACUGCUAAUAGCUAUAAAAGAGGAAAUCAACAGUAACACAAUAAUAGUGGGGGACUUUAAUAUCUCACUUACACCAAUGGACAGAUCAUCCAGACAGAAAAUUAAUGAGGAAACACAAGCUUUAAAUGACACAAUAGACCAGAUAGAUUUAAUUGAUAUUUAUAGGACAUUCCAUCCAAAACCAGCAGAUUACACUUUCUUCUCAAGUGCGCACGGAAUAUUCUCCAGAAUAGAUCACAUCUUGGGUCACAAAUCAAGCCUCGGUAAACUUAAGAAAACUGAAAUCAUAUCAAGCAUCUUUUCUGACCACAACGCUAUGAGAUUAGAAAUCAAUUACAGGGAAAAAAAGGUAAAAAACACAAACACAUGGAGGCUAAACAGUAUGUUACUAAAUAACCAAGAGAUCACUGAAGAAAUCAGAGGAUAUCAAAAAUUACCUAGAGACAAAUUACAAUGAAAACACGACAAUCCAAAACCUAUGGGAUGCAGCAAGAGCAGUUCUAAGAGGGAAGUUUAUAGGAAUAUAAGCCUACCUAAGAAAUAAGAAAAAUCUCAAAUAAACAAUCUAAACUUACACCUAAAGGAACUAGACAAAGAAGAACAAACAAACCCCAAAGUUAGUAAAAGGAAAGAAAUCAUAAAGAUCAGAGCAGAAAUAAAUCAAAUAGAAACAAAGAAAACAAUAGCAAAGAUCAAUAAAACUAAAAGCUGGUUCUUUGAGAAGAUAAACAAAAUUGACAAACUUUUAGCCAGAUGCAUCAAGAAAAAGAGGGAGAGGGCUCAAAUCAAUAAAAUUAGAAAUGAAAAAGGAGAAGUUUCAACAGACACUGCAGAAAUACAAAGCAUCCUAGGAGACUACUACAAGGAACUCUAUGCCAAUAAAAUGGACAACCUGGAAGAAAUGGACAAAUUCUUAGAAAGGUAUAACCCUCCAAGACUGAACAAGGAAGAAAUAGAAAAUAUGAACAGACCAAUCACAAAUAAUGAAAUUGAAACUGUGAUUAAAAAUCUUCCAACAAACAAAAGUCCAGGACCAGAUGGCUUCACAGGUUAAUUCUAUCAAACAUUUAGAGAAGAGCUAACACCCAUCCUUCUCAAACUCCUCCAAAAAACUGCAGAGGAAGGAACACUCCCAAACUCAUUCUAUGAGGCCACCAACACCCUGAUACCAAAACCAGACAAAGAUACUACAAAAAAAGAAAAUUACAGACCAAUAUCACUGAUGAAUAUAGAUGCAAAACUCCUCAACAAAAUACUAGCAAACAGAAAUCCAACAACACAUUAAAAGGAUCAUACACCAUGAUCAAGUGGGAUUUAUCCCAGGGAUGCAAGGAUUCUUUAAUAUACGCAAAUCAAUCAAUGUGAUACACCAUAUUAACAAAUUGAAGAAGAAAAACCAUAUGAUUAUCUCAAUAGAUACAGAAGAAGCUUUUGACAAAAUUCAACACCCAUUUUUGAUGAAAAACUCUCCAGAAAGUGGGCAUAGAGGGAACCUACCUCAACAUAAUAAAGGCCAUAUACGACAAACCCACAGCAAACAUCAUUCUCAAUGGUGAAAAACUGAAAGCAUUUCCUCUAAGAUCAGGAACAAGACAAGGGUGUCCACUCUUGCCACUAUUAUUCAACAUAGUUCUGGAAGUUUUAGCCACAGCAAUCAGAGAAGAAAAAGAAACAAAAGGAAUACAAAUUGGAAAAGAAGAAAUAAAACUGUCACUGUUUGCAGAUGACAUGAUCCUAUACAUAGAGAAACCUAAAGAUGCCACCAGAAAACUAUUAGAGCUAAUCAAUGAAUCUGGUAAAGUUGCAGGAUACAAAAUUAAUGCACAGAUAUUUCUUGCAUUCCUAUACAUUAAUGAUGAAAAAUAUGAAAGAGAAAUUAAGGAAACACUCCCAUUUACCAUGGCAACAAAAAGAAUAAAAUACCUAGGAAUAAACCUACCUAGGGAGACAAAAGACCUGUAUGCAGAAAAUUAUAACACACUGAUGAAAGAAAUUAAAGAUGAUACCAACAGAUGGAGAGAUAUACCAUGUUCUUGGAUUGGGAGAAUCAAUAUUGUGAAAAUGACUGUACUACCCAAAGCAAUCUAUAGAUUCACUGCAAUCCCUAUCAAAUUACCAAUGGCAUUUUUUACAGAACUCGAACAAAAAGACUUAAAAUUUGUAUGGAGACACAAAAGAUCCCGAAUAGCCAAAGCAGUCUUGAGGGAAAAAAACCGAGCUGGAGGAAUCAGACUCCCUGACUUCAGACUAUACUACAAAGCUACAGUAAUCAAGACAAUAUGGUACUGGCACAAAAACAGAAACAUAGAUCAAUGGAACAAGAUAGAAAGCCCAGAGAUAAACCCAUGCACCUAUGGUCAACUAAUCUAUGACAAAGGAGGCAAGGAUAUACAAUGGAGAAAAGACAGUCUCUUCAAUAAGUGGUGCUGGGAAAACUGGACAGCUACAUGUAAAAGAAUGAAAUCAGAACACGCCCUAACAUCAUACACAAAAAUAAACUCCAAAUGGAUUAGAGAACUAAAUGUAAGACCGGACACUAUAAAACUCUUAGAGGAAAACAUAGGAAGAACAUUCUUUGACAUAAAUCACAGCAAGAUCUUUUUUGAUCCACUUCCUAGAGUAAUGGAAAUAAAAACAAAAAUAAACGAAUGGGACCUAAUAAAACUUAAAAGCUUUUGGACAGCAAAAGAAACCAUAAACAAGACAAAAAGACAACCCUCAGAAGGGGAGAAAAUAUUUGCAAAUGAAGCAAUGGACAAAGGAUUAAUCUCCAAAAUAUACAAGUAGUUCAUGGAGCUCAAUAUCAAAAAACAAACAACCCAGUCAAAAAAUGGGCAGAAGACCUAAAUAGACAUUUCUCCAAAGAAGACAUACAGAUUGCCAAAAAGCACAUGAAAAGCUGCUCAACAUCACUAAUUAUUAGAGAAAUGCAAAUCAAAACUACAAUGAGGUAUCACCUCACACCAGUUAGAAUGGGCAUCAUCAGAAAAUCUACAAACAAUAAAUGCUGGAGAGAGUGUGGAGAAAAGGGAAUUCUCUUGCACUGUAGGUAGGAAUGUAAAUUGAUACAGCCACUAUGGAGAACAGUAUGGAGGUUCCUUAAAAAACUAAAAAUAGAAUUACCAUAUGAUCCAGCAAUCCCACUACUGGGCAUAUACUCAAGAGAAAACCAUAACUCAAAAAGACACAUGCACCUCAGUGUUCAUUGCAGCACUAUUUACAAUGGCCAGGUCAUGGAAGCCACCUAAAUGCCCAUCGACAGACGAAUGGAUAAAGAAGAUGUGGUACAUAUAUACAAUGGAAUAUUACUCAGCCAUAAGAAGGAACGAAACUGGGUCAUUUGUGGAGACAUGGAUGGAUCCAGAGACUGUCAUACAGAGUGAAGUAAGUCAGAAAGAGAAAAACAAAUUCCCUAUAUGCGGAAACUAGCAAAAUGGUACAGAUGAACUGGUCUGCAGGGCAGAAACAGAGACAUAGAUGUAGAGAACAAACGUAUGGACACUAACGGGGGGAAGCGGCGGGGCGUGGUGGUGGGAUGAACUGGGAGAUUGGGAUUGACAUGUAUACACUGAUGUUUAUAAAGUGGAUGACUAAUAAGAACCUACUGUAUAAAAAUAAAUAAAAUAAAAUUCAAAAA